AUGACAACCAGUAGCAGCCCACAGCAAGCCCGCUCUGACACACACACAUACACACACCUCCUGAGCCUGUACAUUGAGCUAGAUUUCAAUAAAUCCUCAUUGACCCCAGAGAAGUCUGCAAAAUUAACCUUUUUUUUUCCUCUUGUACUUUCAGAAACCACAGACCAUGGAUCAAGUAAAUGUGACAAUGGCAGCGGUGGCGUCGGAGUUGCGCAGAAGGAGAAGGUGAAGGGCAAAGACGAGACGUACUGGAGGGAGAUCAACGCCGCCAUGGCCUUGACCAACUUGGCGCAGGGGAAGGACAGCGCCUCCGGGACCACCAGCUGCAUCAUUCAGAAGUCCUCCCAUAUAGCAGAGAUCAAGACUGUUAAAGUGCCGCUGAUGCAGAAAUAUUAGCGCUGACGUCAUCCUACCAUCUCUAUGCAAACCAGCAAACAUUCCUGUUUCAGCAAACUCGCUGGAGUCCAAAUAAACUCCCCCUGGAGAGAAUGAAAAGAGAACUGUUGUUGAAGGAGGGGGGGAUGUUUGAGGCGAGGAAGCGUGGAACAAAAAGAGAACUCGCAUUCUUAUUGGUGUCUGAAAAAGUGCAAAAGAAGCCUUGACCAUCAUUUUCUUUGCUGGGUUGACGUGAGGCAGACAAGUGUUGAUAAUAGUUUCACUGCAGUAUUUCCUAAAACAAGACACUUUUGUAAUGUUAACUUAUUUUUGAUGAGUCCGAUUUUUUUUUAUUUCUUCUUUUUUAUGCUACGGAAAUUUGUAUUUUGCCAAAGUGCCUUUGUUAUUUAGACGAGUAACUCACCGACUGUCGUCAAUGCAAAGUACACAUACUGAGGUGCCUGUUGGGAAUUUGUGGAGGAAUAUUUGACUAAGUUUCGAGUCACAGUCACAAUUCAGGAUUAGUUUUUUUCUGAAUGAAAACUCCCCAGCCUGUGCCUUAAGGACUGAAUGAGCUCACCAUCCGAGGCAUUGAUUAACUCAAAUAGCACACACAGAUACACACUCUAUUAGAACAUACCCAGCAGUAUGACAUUGUUCUUGUUUUGACUGGAGUCUUAAUUUUGACUGUAACUGAUGCUGUUUUGUCUCAGCUUCUCCUUGCUGGCGGGCCAACAAUAACUGUCGCGUACGUAGAUAAAAUGCCCGAACGUGAGCAGCAGAUCGAUAAGCGGCCAGCGAUCUCCACCUUGUCCACAUCUCGGCCUUGGAUUACAUUAACCAGCGAAGGAUUCCUGUCUUAUCUGGGCUUUUAGUUGCUGAAACGUGCACAAACGCUCAGCUGGACCCAGAUGAAGUCACGUUCCCCCACGCAAAGACACAGAUAGGUCAGAUAGAUCUUCAGGCGUACAUUAAGGUUCAGUACAGUGUCUGUUCAAACAGAAGAAUGCCAUGACCUAAAAGGGAUGUUUUCACUUUGCAUUAUCAGUGUUUUCUGUGGACAGUGUUGCCUUUUCACGUGUUUGUGUUCAGAACAGGAACAAGAUAGUCCGGAGUGAACGAAAAAGAAAAGCCACCACCAGCUGCCCCCCCACC